AGAGAUUAGAGCAGCAGCAGAAGAAACUAGACAGCAAUACUGUAUAGUUACGGUGUACCUCGUAUUCAUACGCCUUAGACAGGAGAGAGAGAGAGAGAGAGAGAGAGAUGCUUACAGCUUACUUGCUUGCUUACUAGAUAGAUAGCUUGCUGCUACUUCAUUCCUCUUCUUUUUCUUCUUUAUCGUUUUCUUAGCAUCGUCACAACGCUCUUUUUUUCAUUCUCGCCACUCUAACUGGAAAAAGGAAGAGUCUGCUGUCAUUUCAGAAUCUCACUAGUUUUGGAUUGUUGAGAAAGAGAGAGACAGAGAGACAUGGCAGGAGGUGGAGGAGGGGGAGGAGCACCUGCACCAAAGGCAGAUGAGCCACAGCCACAUCCACCCAAGGAUCAGCUUCCUAACAUCUCUUACUGCAUUACCAGUCCUCCUCCAUGGCCUGAGGCUAUACUUCUGGGUUUUCAGCAUUAUCUUGUGAUGCUUGGUACAACUGUGCUAAUCCCCACUGCUCUUGUUCCCCAGAUGGGAGGUGGCAAUGAUGAGAAGGCAAGAGUUAUUCAAACACUGCUCUUUGUAGCUGGAAUCAACACAUUGCUGCAAACAUUGUUUGGAACUCGAUUGCCUGCAGUAAUUGGUGGCUCUUAUACCUAUGUUCCAACAACAAUCUCAAUUAUUCUCUCUGGUCGAUUCAGUGAUGAACCAGAUCCUAUAGAGAAAUUCAAGAGGAUAAUGCGGGCUACUCAGGGUGCUCUUAUUGUUGCUUCAACUCUUCAAAUAGUACUAGGCUUUAGUGGCCUCUGGCGUAAUGUUGCAAGGUUCUUAAGCCCUCUUUCAGCAGCUCCUUUGGUCGCACUUGUUGGUUUCGGGCUAUACGAGCUAGGCUUUCCUGGGGUUGCUAAAUGUAUAGAAAUUGGAUUGCCGCAGCUUAUAUUGCUAGUUUUUGUGUCGCAGUUUGUACCUCAUGUGCUCAAAGGUGGAAAGCAUGUCUUUGACCGUUUUGCUGUGAUAAUUACGGUUGCAAUUGUAUGGUUAUAUGCAUUUCUGCUCACUGUCGGAGGGGCCUAUAACCACGCCGCACCCAAAACACAAUCAACCUGUCGUACUGAUCGUUCUGGCCUAAUAGAAGCUGCUCCAUGGAUACGGGUCCCUUACCCUUUUCAAUGGGGAGCACCUUCAUUUGAUGCAGGUGAAGCCUUUGCCAUGAUGAUGGCAUCCUUUGUUGCUCUUGUAGAGUCCAGUGGAGCUUUCAUUGCUGUUUACCGGUAUGCAAGUGCAACACCAAUGCCACCAUCUAUUCUCAGCCGGGGUAUUGGUUGGCAGGGAGUUGGCAUUCUGUUAUCAGGAUUGUGGGGAACUGGCAACGGAUCAUCCGUAUCUGUAGAAAAUGCUGGUCUUUUGGCUUUGACUCGUGUUGGCAGUCGGAGAGUUGUGCAAAUAUCUGCAGGGUUUAUGAUUUUCUUUUCAAUUCUUGGUAAAUUUGGAGCAGUUUUCGCUUCCAUCCCACCUCCAAUUGUUGCUGCCUUGUAUUGCUUGUUCUUCGCUUAUGUUGGUGCUGGAGGCCUUAGUUUUCUUCAAUUUUGCAACCUCAACAGUUUCAGGACUAAGUUUGUAUUAGGUUUCUCCAUCUUCCUUGGCUUGUCCAUUCCGCAGUACUUCAACGAGUACACGGCAAUCUAUGGUUACGGUCCAGUCCACACCGGCGCAAGAUGGUUCAAUGACAUAAUCAAUGUUCCAUUCCAGUCAAAAGCAUUUGUUGCCGGUGUCGUCGCGUAUUUCUUGGACAACACACUACAUAAGGACCCAACCAUUAGGAAGGACAGAGGAAAACAUUGGUGGGACAAGUACAGGUCCUUCAAGGGUGAUACAAGAAGUGAAGAGUUCUAUUCACUGCCUUUCAAUCUCAACAAGUACUUCCCUUCUGUGUAAUUGUGCAAAUAAAGGAAGCACAACUAUAGCUUCAUCAAAUACUUGCUUCAGUAAAAAGGGUCUCUGAAAAAGGUCUUUGAUUUGAUCUUUGUUCUAAAUAUUACAUUGGAUAUUGUAUUAUUUUAGGCUUAUAGAGAGCUAUAUGAAUAGAAAUAUUGUAACACAUUAAUUUUAUUGCUUUUGUUUCUGUAUAUGCUGAUUUCUGACCUGAGAUUGGAUUCAUGGUAGUAAUGUGCAUGUUUUGAUUAUAUA